AAGAGCCACGUCUAAAAUAAUUCCCCUUUACGCUUUACGCGACAAUUGCAAUACAGCCCAUACUACUAAUUCCGACCUUGCACAACCAUACCCGACGAAAUGGUGUAUUCCAAAUCAAUGCUGCGAACCUGCUGCAGCUUCCUGUUAUUUCUGGCCUGCGCCGAAGCCUUAAAGUUCGAUAUCGAGGCAAGAAGUGUAGGAGACAACAGCCGUACAAGAUGUAUCCGAAACUUUGUCGCGAAGGACACUUUAGUUGUUGUUACUGCGACUCUGGAUGGAGAGAGGGGUGAUGGCAUGAAGGUUGAUAUGCAUGUGAGUUAUGCCCUUCAGUUUUAUGUUGAAGGGUACUAAUUGGCUAUACAGAUCAAGGAUGCUGUUGGAAACGAAUAUGGAAAGCCAAAAGAUGUAGUUGGGGAGCAGAGAAUGGCAUUCACAUCUCAUGCCGAUGCAUCAUUUGAUGUCUGCUUCGAAAAUCACUACACUGGCAGUGAGUUCAAUUCCCGAUUCCAUUGGCCAUACACACGACACUAACUCUCUGUUUCAGGAACUGGAGUUUCCAACCCAUUUAGACACGUUGAACUCGACAUCGAUAUCGGAGCAGACGCAAAAGAUUGGUCCGCUGUUCAAGCCACCGAGAAACUGAAGCCAGUCGAGACCGAAUUACGGCGCAUCGAGGAAAUGGUUCAAGAAAUCGUCUCGGAGAUGGAUUACUUGAGAAGUCGUGAGCAGAAGCUUAGAGAUACCAAUGAGAGUACGAACAACAGGGUCAAAUGGUUUGCUUUUUCGACUAUGGGAAUGUUGGUUGCUUUGGGAGCAUGGCAGGUCAUUUAUUUGAGGGCGUACUUCAGGUACGUUUUGAAGAAACUGGAUACGCAAUGGUUAGGAACUAAUGGGGUCACAGAUCAAAGCAUCUUAUUUAGGGAUUUGGAUUGCGAAUGGUCGUCAAGGCCGACAGGUCGGCGGGCUGUCUUUACGGCGCAGGACUUCUAUUUGUUACUAGCAAGGGUUGUAGAGAAUAGGUAUAUAAUGACCAAGAUGACGCUG